GAGGAGGAACCGCUUCGGCGCCAUCUUGGGGCGUCACGCCCCACCGAGAGGCGUCGCUGUUGCGCAGCGCGAAGGGCGGAGGAGGGGGUCGCGCGCUCUUGGCAAGGCACGGACUUAGGCGGCGCUGAUAUGCGAGAAAUGGGCAUGAUUGGCUGCCUCGUCCGGAGACGUGCUGGAAGAGCCUGACUGCGGAUGGCCAAUCGGGCCUUAUUGAUCCUUUCGCAAAAGCCGGCAUGUGCGAGGUAGCGUCCAAUAUGACUGUGAAGGAAUACCGGUUUGGAAAAGAUCAGGAAAAGGGAGACGGGGAUGACCGGCCUAGGGAGUUGGUGGUGCUGAUUCCCGAGGUUCUUGAUCCUCGGUAUGGUAUGUAUGUUUGGCCUUGCGCUGUGGUUUUGGCCCAGUAUAUCUGGUUUCAUAGAAGACUUCUCUUUGGCAAAAGAAUACUAGAGAUUGGAGCAGGUGUGAGCCUACCUGGAAUAGUGGCAGCAAAAUGUGGAGCAGAAGUAAUAUUAUCAGAUAAUGCAGAUUUCUCAGAGUGUUUGGACAACUGCCGAAGAAGCUGCCAGAUGAAUAAUCUUUCUGGGAUAUGUGUCAUAGGACUUACCUGGGGUCAUGUAUCACCCUGUAUGUUGAGCUUAGCCCCAGUUGACUUUAUUUUGGGAGCGGAUGUACUUUUUGAACCAGAAGACUUUGAAGAUGUUGUAAGUACAGUACACUAUUUAAUGGAAAGGAAUACUCAUGCCCAAUUUUGGACUACUUACCAAGUCAGAAGUGCCAACUGGUCUAUUGAAGGAUUACUAUAUAAAUGGGAGUUGGAAAGCACACACGUGCCAUUGCAGUCAUUUGAAGCCACCAAGGAACAACUUGCAGGAUCUUCUCUUCCAGGGAUGCACACGAUUCAAAUGAUGGUUAUCAGUAGAAAAAAAAAUAAAGGACUGAAAACUUAAGAAACAUUCCUAAUGGAUUUUAAUGAAAAUGCAUCAAUUGCUUAUCUGAGUUCCAUAUCACCUGACCACCAUUGCAUACAAAUCAGUUUAUUCUCAGCAUUUUUAAAAAGUAAUUUUAUUCAUUGUUCAUGCCGAUACUAAUUCUGCUGCAUGUUUCCUUUGAAUUAAGAAUAUAUACACAUUUCACAGGGAUACCAAAAAUGUGACGAGCCUACAAUGUUUUAAAAACUAUCUGUUAUGUAGGAGUUAAGUCCCAUUAACUAGGACUUAUAGGAAUGAAUUUGCUGGAUGAGUUUCCUUAAAUUGCAAACUAAUAUGAUCUGUCCUAGUCUAACAGACAAAACUGACUCAAACCAUCAGUUUUAAAAAAAA